CGACAGCGGCAGAAGAUGGCGGCGGCCGCGGGCUGGGCGCUGCUGGCCCUGGUGCUGUGUGUGAGCGCGGCGGCCGCGGCCGGAGGGCCCGAGGGGAAGCGGCGGGCGGGGCCGCCCAAGAAGAAGGACAUUCGGGACUACAACGACGCGGACAUGGCCCGGCUGCUGGAGCAGUGGGAGAAAGAUGAUGACAUUGAAGAGGGAGAUCUCCCCGAACACAAGAGGCCUCCAGCACCAAUAGAUUUCUCAAAAAUUGAUCCAGGCAAGCCUGAAAGCAUCCUGAAGCUGACAAAAAAGGGGAAGACUUUGAUGAUGUUUGUCACAGUGUCAGGAAAUCCCACAGAAAAGGAGACAGAAGAAAUCACCAGCUUGUGGCAGGGCGGCCUCUUCAAUGCCAACUACGACGUGCAAAGGUUUAUUGUCGGCUCCAAUCGGGCCAUCUUUAUGCUCCGUGAUGGUGGCUAUGCCUGGGAGAUCAAAGACUUCCUGAUAAAUCAAGAAAGGUGUGCGGAUGUCACUCUGGAAGGUCAAGUUUAUCCUGGCAAAGGAGCAGAUGAAAAUGAGAAAGGGAAAAACAAAACGAAACCUGAAAAAGCAAAGAAGAAAAAAGAUGCUGAGAAGAAAUCCAAUAGCGUUAAAGAGGACAACCGAGCGACCAAACAGAGAGAGGAGCUAUGACGGACGCGUUACCCAGACUGAACCCUGCUCUGCUGCUCCUUGAAGGGAAUCUCCUUAUGAGUCCUGGGUUUUGGGGGGUGGAGGGGAGGAAGCAGAGACUACUGAGGUUUAAAUUUUUGUGUUGAAAUUCACCAGUUUACUCCUUACUGUUGGCCAUUUGUUUAGUUACGGGAAAGAUGACACUUCGUACCGGCAGUUGACUACUUUAGUUUGUAAUUUUUUUAUGCUUUUGUAGUUGUUUAAAAUUAACAUACAAAUCUGUGUGUCUAACAUCAAACUUAAUUUAAGUGAAAAAGAAGAAUUAUGGUCUCAGAAUACACUGAUGUUCAUCUGUAGAUAUCCAUCUUGGAUGUGCAAGUUGGUCAUUGAUUCGCAGCUGCUGUCAGACAGCCAAGUGCAGUGCGAAAGGAUUCUCUUGGAAGCCAGUUUGACAGACUCAGCUGGUGCAAAACUCCCAAAGUUGCAAAGAACAGUGUUACAGUGGCCAAAGAUGCCUGAAAUUACAGGGUUUAGGACGUGUCUGGUUAGACUGCUUGUUUAUUUAAAAUAAACUUUAACCUGUUCUGUCCCAAGAAAUCCUUGGAAGUGCUAAGGAGCAUGGUAGAAGCUAGGCAGGUACUCAGCUAAUGCACUCCAAAUCCCUGCAGAAAGGAGAUUCUGUGCCCUUCAGAAGUUAAUGGAAUUACAGCACCUGCAUGAGCAGUAUUGGGGUGAAAGGAAAAGCCAAAUUCAGGGCAUUCAGAACUGUGCCUGUGGAAGCAAAUGUUUUGUGUGCCCUGUUACCCAGAUGGUGAGUGAAAAGAAAUAGCUUUAACUCUGAAGUUAAUUGGGUUUAUUGAUUUAACGGUUUGUUUAAAUAUUUGAAAAAGCACUAGUCACAAUGCAGAGUUAAACUUUUAGUUAGACAUAUCACUUACUGAUGGUUAAUAACCAGAUUUGGGUUUGGGGGUUUUUUUUUGGGUACAAAUUCCUGACUGAUGUGAUCGAUUGUAAAUGACCACUUGAUUUGAAUACUACGAAGUUUGAUGUAUGGGAGCAAAUACUUUAUAUAAUUGGGAAGGUUAUGUUGUUAGUCAGAAUGUAUUCAGUCAAAAGCAUUGCUCAGAAUUGUUUCCCUUCUGCCUUACUCUCUGUUAGGGACUAAAUGCACCUAGUAGUAUGGUCCACAUAAUUUUUCAGAGGAUGAGCACAGUAUUAACUGUCUUCAUUCAAUGCUAGUAAGAUGUUACUUUUUAUUUAAGGUGCUAAAAUCCAAGUGUUUUGGAUAAAAGGUCCUACUUGAACCAUAAUGGUUGACCUUGUGGAAUACUUCAGUAUCAAAAGUACGAAACUGUGUUUGUUCUAAAAUAAAAGAUGUCACUAAACUUAUUGUUUCACAGAGUAGUAAACCUUUUAAAUAAUUCUGCAAUUGGCUAGGUAUUCCAGGGGCAGACUAACUCAUUUUUGGUUUCUGUAUGUAAGGACUAAAUGAUGAUGAUGAAGGUUCUGGGUGACCCAUUUUAUUUAAUUUUAAUUAUAUUUGUGUGAAUUUAGGAUUAAAGAAACCUUUCCAGCUGCACUUCAUUAAACAGGUCUGUGCCUGUUUGAAUGGAAAAAUUAAAAUCAUGUUUUUCUUCAGGAUUAACUGUAUUAAUUUUUAUAUUCUGCUAUUAAUCCAGAUGUGCAGCGCAGUUGAGAAGAGUCUCAGUAGACAUUUGGGUGGGAGAGAUGUGCAGUCCAUUUCUUGUUCAUAAUUUGUGGCAUUCAGAACAUAAUUUAUGAUUUAGUCACAUGUUUUGGGUUUACACCACCCUUUUUAAACAGUAUUGCUUCUUAUCUCAAGAGAAGAACAGAGGUGAGAUGAAACUAUAAAAAUUAAAUAUUAAUGAGUUUUUUUCUUUUUACAACUUAAAUCUGUAGUAUAGAGAUGACAAUUCAGAUUUUGAUCAAAAACACUGAAAAUGCAGUUUUUGUAGUUCUCAUGUUAUGAAACAUAAACAUGAUUUUUUUUUUUUUUUGACAAAUUGGGUUUGAGAAUGUUUGAGAAACAAUUACUGCACUAAAGCUAUAGCCUAGCUUUUGAGAAUAGAUACUUUAGUCAUUCAUAAAUCUACAUUUACAGUAGGUUGGGGUUUUCCCCUUUGUAGUUAAAAGGAGCUUUGUCAAAAUUCAACCAGGCACUUGACCAGGUUUUUUUGUUUGAUUGUUUCUGAGUCAUUAAGUUGCUUAUGCCAAAUGCAGGUACAUCUUGUGCCCCAUAGCUUAUUAAAAUUUCAAAGUGUUUAGGUUUGUUUGGGGUUUUGUUUGUUUGUUUGUUUUUUUAGGUUUUUAAUAGGUAUGAUGACUUGGCAGUUGCUUUUUGAUAUAAAAUACAAAAUGCUGCCUUCAGGUAGGUUUUUUUGUCUUCCAUUUUUCUUCUCUCUUUUUCAUGCUUUAUACUCAACACAUACUGAAAUACACUAUUAAGUAUAAUGUGGCAGUGUGGCAGGAACUGCUUUACCAGCCAGUCUUUCUCUGAUAUCCCAGUUCAUUACUCCAAAACAACUUAGAUUGCCUUUUGAAACUGGCAAAGUCUUUGAGACCCUUGUACUUGUCCUGGUACAGUGUUACAUAAGCAAAUUUUAUUUGGUGAUGAUUUAAGAAGCCCAAACGCUAUCACGCACAUAAAUAUAUGUAUAUAUAAAAAUAAAUGUCUUCAAAAAGUUACUUAAGGUCACCAACGUUCUAUAAGUACCUCAGAAGAUGGAUUCUUCAUUGGAGUCUUAUCAGGCUUUCAGUAACAUAUUUUUUUGGUUCUACAUCCAGGGCAUUCAGAUACCUCCUUUAGAACUAAUUUCAACAGGUAGGGUGGUACUUAUAGCUCUUAGUAUUUCCUUUUUAUUUCAGUUCUAUACAGAGGUACAUGGAAAAUCACCUGUUUUCAUGACAGCUAAGUGUCUGCUGGCUUUCUCCCCCCAUCUUAUUGGUUUGUCUGUUUAGUGUCAUAACUAACUUUUCUAAGUUACUGUUAUAUUUUUAACACAACUGUCCUUCUCAGAAAAAAACCCAGUAGUUUGUCAAUGAUACUACACAAGAUGUGGUUGCACUUUGUGAAAAAUUUCCAAUGGACAAUCAACUUUUUAUGUAAUAAAAUACUGGAAAAAAUA